AUGGCGAUAAGGGAGCUCAAAGUUUGUCUUUUAGGGGACACCGGCGUGGGUAAAUCAAGCAUCGUUUGUCGCUUCGUCCAAGAUCACUUCGACCAUAACAUCAGCCCCACGAUAGGCGCCUCAUUCCUGACCAAGACUGUGCCGUCCGGGAGUGAGCUUCACAAAUUCCUGAUCUGGGACACUGCAGGACAGGAGCGGUUCCACUCAUUAGCUCCGAUGUACUACAGAGGCUCGGCUGCUGCUGUCAUCGUCUAUGACAUCACUAAACUGGACUCUUUCCAGACACUGAAGAAGUGGGUGAAAGAACUGAAGGAACACGGGCCCGAGGACAUUGUUGUCGCUAUCGCAGGGAACAAGAACGACUUAGGAGACAUCAGGGAAGUCCCCAUGAAGGAGGCCAAGGAAUUUGCUGAAUCCAUCGCCGCCAUCUUCAUCGAGACUAGCGCCAGAAACGCAGUCAAUGUGGAAGAGCUCUUCCAGAAGAUCAGCAAACAGAUCCCGCCGCUGGAAAACCCUGAUGUGGAAAGCACGGAGUCCUUCAAACUUACCCGACAGCCUCUUCCAACCACCAGGAGGUGCUGCUAG